AGGCAGCGGCGCUGGGAAGCGGCCUCCCUCCCCCCGCAUCAGCGGCUCAGGCACGGCACAGCCCAACACACCCCACACACUCCAUCUGACAUAAUGACACAGAAGUUACAGUAGCAUGGCUGUGAGUUUCAUUGUUAGACAUACCUCAUAUUAAAUCAGCGUCAGAAGACUCCAGUUUGGAAAGUGAAAUUGCUCAAGAUUCCUGUAAAAUGCCUUCACAGCGUGCCACUGUCAAUAAUGCUGAAUACAAGGUGGUACCUCACACCAGGGUUGAUGAUGAAUUUGCUAUUCGGCAAAUCUAUAACUUUGGCCAAAGGCUGGGUCAAGGCAGCUAUGGGGUAGUGAUAGAGGCCACCCAUAAUGGCACCGGCAAGAAGUGGGCAAUCAAAAAGGUCAAUCGGGAAAAGGCUGGGAGUUCAGGGGUGAAGCUGCUGGAACGAGAAGUCAGUAUUUUAAAGCAAGUGGACCAUGAACAUAUCAUUCAUCUGGAAGAGGUGUUUGAAACACCCAAACGGGUAUACUUGGUGACAGAGGUCUGUGAAGGCGGAGAACUAAGUACAGUCCUUCAUAGAAAAAAACGCUUAAGUGAGAAAGAGACGAGACAUGUGAUUCGAAGCCUAGCAAGCGCAAUUGCUUAUCUACAUAAAAAUGAUAUUGUCCAUCGGGAUUUAAAACUGGAAAACAUCUUGGUUAAAAACAAUGAAAGUGACAGUGAAAUUGACAUGAAAUUGAACAUCAAGGUAACUGAUUUUGGACUUUCUGUACAGAAAGGGGGUGUUGGUAGUGACAAAAUGUUACAGGCAACCUGUGGAACUCCUUUGUAUAUGGCUCCAGAAGUUCUCAGUGCACAUCAGUAUACCCAACAGUGUGACACAUGGAGCAUUGGAGUCAUUAUGUAUACAUUGCUUUCAGGAGAUCCACCAUUUGUGGCCAACUCAGAAGAGAAGCUUACUGAGUUGGUAAACAAAGGAGAACUACACUUUGAUGAUUCAAUUUUACAGCAAAUCAGUGAUGGUGCAAAAGAUGUGCUGUCUCGUCUUUUAAAAGUGGAUCCUGCCCAUAGAAUCACAGCCAAUGAGCUUCUUGACAACCCAUGGGUCACGGGUGAUACUACAGCUAUACAAAGACCACCAAAUGUACUUGAAAUGAUGAAACAGUGGAGAGAGGACCUGGAUGGAGAUGAAGAAGAGUCAAGUUCAAGUUCUGUACCGAGCAGUAUUUUUCAUGACAUGGAAACUAGCCAGGAUGGUGGGGAGAGUUCUACCAGCAGCAAUGGUACAUCAAAUAGUUCCAGAGAAAUUGAUGUGGGUAGUAAGCAGCCCCGCUCUCCAUCUACACAGCUUCCUGGGAGCAAGACUUCUCCAAAACUAAACAUGACACGAACAUCAUUCCAAGAUAAACGAACAUGGUCACCCACACACUUGAUCCCAUCAAUCAGAUCAGGUUCUAUCUCUGGUAAGCCAGAGGUACGUAGAUCCAUAACCCCAAUUGGUGAUGCCUCUGGAUUUAAACACACAAAUAAGUCUGCUCCCAAAACCAAGAAGAGCACAUAGGAUAAGGAACGUCGAAACCACUAAACUUCAAAAUGAUGCCAAAUGCGAACACUUCAAAAAGCAACCAUGAAUUACAAUGUUACAAGAUGACUUUGGCUCUCCUGUCUUUGCUGCUGAUCACUAUGUGUGCAU